AUGUCUCCGGAGAAGCCAUCAUCCCAUCCAGUCGAAUGCCCGCCCACCCCUUAUGAUAUCGUCGACUUUGAUGGCAGCGACGAUCCAUAUCGGCCCAUGAACUGGCCGCUUCGCAAAAAGGUCGUGACUACCGUGCUAUACACGCUGGCGACAUGCUGGAUCAGUUUUGCAUCGGCCGUCUACUCGGCAGGGAUGCACCAGAUCGCCGAUGAUUUCCACGCAUCGACCGAGACCUGUGCGGCCGGGAUUAGCUUGAUGGUAUUUGGCUUCGGACUGGGCCCGUUAAUCUGGGGUCCGCUAAGUGAGGUUUAUGGGCGCAAGUGGGUUGUUUUGACUCCAUACUUGAUCAGCGCCAUCUUCACCUUUGGAACAGCCACCGCGAAAGACAUUCAGACCGUGCUCAUCACGCGCUUCUUCACCGGCGUGUUUGGCAGCGGGGCACUAAUCAACACCGGGGGCGUGAUGGCGGAUAUCUGGCCGGCGGAACAACGAGGCGUGGCAAUCGUUGCGUACGGGACGACGAUCCUCGUGGGACCAACGCUGGCGCCGCUGAUUGGGGCGGCAAUCUCGUCGAGUUAUCUUCGGUGGCGAUGGACUGAGUAUCUGGCGGGGAUUGUGAUGCUGGCGCAGUUGGUGGUGAAUGUGUUGGUGAUUGAUGAGAGUUAUCCACCGGUGUUGUUGGUACAUAAAGCGCGGAGGAUGAGGUUGGAGGGGAAGAACUGGGCUCUGCAUGCUGAGCACGAGGAAUGGAAUGUGUCGAUGGCAGAAGUGGCACAGAAAUACCUCGUCCGUCCAUUCAAGCUGCUGGGGACGCCGAUCUGCCUGCUCAUGACCAUCUAUACAUCAUUCAUCUAUGGCAUUCUCUACGCCAAUCUGGAAAGCUUCCAAAUUGAAUAUCAGGAAAUCCGCAAAUGGGGCCCUAUAGCAGCCAGUCUUCCCUUUCUCGCCCUCCUCUUUGGCGUCCUUCUUGCUGCUGUACUCAACGUCUACAGCAACAAGUUCUACUUUAAACAGUUACAGGCAAAUAACAAUCGACCAGUCCCGGAAGCACGACUCCCUCCGAUGAUGAUCGGGGGCAUUGCAUUCAGCGCUGGUUUCUUUCUGUUCGGAUGGACAUCAUCGCCACACAUUAACUACUGGCCAUCGAUCAUCGGCACCGUACUGAUCGGAUUUGGCUUCAACGCCAUCUUUCCAGCAACCAUAAGCUACAUCGUCGACAGCUUUAUCUUGUUCAGCGCCAGUGCCGGUGCAGCCAAUACAUUCCUACGAUCUAUCUCUGCCGGUGUAUUCCCCCUCUUCGCGAUGCCCAUGUACCAUAACCUAGGCGUGAACUGGGCGAGUACGGUCUUUGGCUGUUUUGCAGGACUGCUGAUACCAGUGCCUUUUCUGUUUUAUGUUUUUGGAAAGAGAAUCCGGGUUGCUGGGAAGUUGAGUAGACAGUGUAUAGAUGGAAUAUGAAUCACUUAGCUCUAGUAUUCUGCGAGACUGGCAGCAGCUUCGGGAUAUCUCCCCC